GGCUCGAUGAUCGCCAGUCUAAGCUCAGCUUUCUCUGUGUAUGUGGAAAUAGCAAUACCCACACGUGUUCAUGCGACGUGCACGCGCACCAUACGCGCACCUUGGAUGUACACAAACACAUUGACACUCGUAUAAUCGUAUCGCUCGUUUGGUUUAGUAGUGGGACUGCAGAUGACAAUGAUGGCUGCCACCAGCGAAGAACGGAGUGUUAUGGAGCCUUCGCGAACGAAUCCUGGGCAAAAUCAGCCCGUAGACCGCUUGAAGAUGCUCUACCCGAUGGUGAACGAGGAGGAAACUCCACUCCCUCGAGCUUGGAGCCCCAAGGACAAGUAUAACUACAUCGGGCUCUCGCAAAAUAAUCUCCGCGUUCAUUACAAAGGUUAUGGGAAGACACACAAAGACGCUGCAAGCGUUCGAACGACACAUUCAAUACCAGCUGCCUGUGGCUUGUAUUACUUUGAGGUAAAGAUCGUGAGCAAAGGCCGAGAUGGUUACAUGGGAAUUGGCCUCUCGGCACACGGAGUUAACGUCAACAGACUCCCUGGUUGGGACAAACACUCCUACGGAUACCACGGCGACGACGGAAACAGUUUCUGCUCCUCGGGCACGGGCCAACCAUAUGGGCCCACUUUUACCACCGGUGACGUUAUUGGUUGCGGAAUCAACCUCGUCGAUAAUACCGCUUUUUACACCAAGAACGGACACCAUCUCGGAAUUGCAUUCACAGAUUUACCCCCAAAUCUUUACCCAACAGUGGGACUUCAAACGCCAGGAGAAGUGGUGGAUGCAAAUUUUGGACAACAGCCAUUUGUCUUUGACAUUGGGGAUAUGAUGAAUGAGCUUCGAGUACGAACGAGACUACAAAUUAUUAAUUAUCCUACACCUGAUCAUGGUCAGGGUCAGUGGCAGGCAGUUCUUCACAAAAUGGUGUCUACAUACCUUGUCCACCACGGAUAUUGUUCCACCGCAGAGGCUUUUGCGAGCAGUACAGGUCAAGUUUUCGAAGAAGACCUAAACUCUAUAAAAAACAGACAAAAAAUUUUAAAGCUGGUCUUAGCUGGACGGAUGGGAGAGGCGAUAGACUUGACGACUCGAUUAUAUCCGGGUCUUUUGGAAAGAGACCCAAACCUCCACUUUGCCCUUAAGUGUCGCCAGUUCGUGGAGAUGGUAAACGGAAGUGACUCCGAAGUCUGUCUGAACAACAGUGAAAACCAAACCAGUGUCAUACAAUCGACCAAAGCUUACACAAAACCCUCUACGAACGGAAAUGUCGAGGAGAUGAAUCUAAAUAACGCCAUCAACGGUGCUGGCGAUCAACAGUUUAUCAAUGGUCAAAUUGAAGAUGACGUCGACAUGGAGGAAAACACCAUCAUGAAUGGAGUUAAAAACACUAACGGGUAUCAAAAUGGAAAUCCGAACAUGAAUGGAUACAAAUGCCAAAAUGGAGAAGAUGUCGAUAUGGAGGUCGAUAAUACUAAUCAUAACCAACAACAAAAUAGCAAUUGCGGAAUGAGCGUGGAUUGCUCGAUAGCUAAAAGCGCAAAGAAACAAUUGUGUGGAGGUAACAAACAAGCAAUCGAGAAAAUGUUGGAAUUCGGGAGAACGUUGUAUGCGCAGUCGAUACAUCUAAGACAGCAGCAUGGGAAAAACGAGGGGAAUAAAAAGAUGAUACAGGACGCUUUCAGUCUUCUCGCCUACUCAAAUCCAUGGAAUUCCCCAGUUGGAUGGCAGUUGGAUCCACAGCAAAGGGAAACCGUGUGUGGCAGGCUCAAUUCUGCUAUAUUAGAGUCGAGUAAUUUGCCCCGACGGCCGCCCUUGGAAGUCGCAGUCUCUCACGCCCGGGAGUUGGUUCGCCUGAUGUCGAAUGCAGGUCUCGGAGCCUGUAGCUUCGCGGUCGUAGAUAAUAUUAUUCAAUAUUGACGGUGCCUCCCACUGCUGCCACGAGCGCCCCUUCUACCUACCCGAGUGUGGUGAGUGCCCUCGUAUUUAACUGGAAAAAAGUGCCUCACGAUCGGUGGACCCGGCCAACAACGAACGAUUUUUCAUGCCGUCGGAGCGCUGUGAUUCCUAUAAAAAAAAGUACCGUGACCCGUUCGGCUCUUGAUGUUUCUCAUCGCGCACAAUGUCCUCGUUAUGUAAACUCUAACGUAAAUGCGUGUACGAUUUUCGGGAACAUCGGACUACUGGAAUAUCAGAAUUCCGUUUCGGGUUUGCCGUGUCCCAGCACACGGCGACGGCACGGCUCUCGCUUAGAAAGAAGAAUUCAGAGAGAAAAAGAAGUGACGAUAAAAGAAAAGAAAAGAAAAGAAAAGUGACGAAAACAAAAUAAAAAAAAAAAAGAAAUGUUAAGAGUAAUUAAGGGAAGAUAUUAAAAUUUAAGGAGUGAUGAAGAUUUAAGAAAUGGAAAAAGAUAAGAGAAGCAAAUGCGUAUAGUAUCUGGAAUUGUCGAUUUACGUAAAGGAAAGUCGCUGUCGUUAUAAAUGAUGGUUCGCCUUAGUUACGUUCGCAGUAGAUAAAGUCUCGGAUUUAUGACGCCUCAGUGGGAUAACCUUUUAAGGAUUGAAGACGGAAACGUGGAGCAGAUGAUUCUCAGCUAGAGCAACUCGAUCUCACACAACAAUGCACGACAGAAAAGCUGAACGCUCAGACCUGCCAACCGAUAAAAUAUUCAACCUUUUUAGCGUUUAGUCAAGGAGGAACCAACUACCUACUUCAACCUGCUGUCCAUACAACGGGCAAUGUUCGACGUUUCGCUAAAUUAUCUCGCUCCCACAAUCUUCCCUAAAAUCGAGCUAAACUUUGUUGUUGUUGUUGUUGUUUUGUUUUUUUUUUUUUAAUUUAAGAACGGUCAUUUUGGAUGCCUUAGAAAAUUCGAGACUUGAAAAAGUUCACCGUUGGAUUUUGCCUUAAAAAAGGCACAUUGAAUUUUCAAUACUUAUAAAUUCGUCAAAACAAAAAGUAUUUUCUUUUCCCAUAAGAGUCAUUUUCUCUUUUAAUGUUAGGGUCCAGAUUUGGGAUCGAGCGAACGCCCUGCUCGUUUUAGAGGCGGAUGAGGUCUUACGUUUAUAUAAAUAUAAUUACGAGAAAGAAAAAAAACUUAACUAAAGAACGAUCUUGUACCGUACACUAAGUAAUUGUUUUUUAUAUGCGACAUAGUAUAUUAUUAUAUUAUAUAUUAUUAAAAAAAGAUGGAAGUCGUAUGCAGCUAGUGGUAAGCGUGCGUUUAAAUACAAUAAUUUACUAUAUAAAGAAAAAGGAUACAAAUUAAAUAGGUUUACCAGAAUCGAACGAUUUUUUUAGCGUUACAUUUUUCCCGUUUCGAACGUAUAAAUAAUAGAAAGGAUUGGGAUUUUUGAUUCGUUAUUCACCCUCUGAGAGAUAUCGAGGAAACAGAUAAUUAAUUAUAAAUGAUUGAUUAUUGAUUAUUAUUGAUCAGUGAUCAUUGACAUCCUGCCUCCUCAUAUUCGUCUUUUCAAUGUCAGUGAUUCUAGAAUUUCCGUCUCCUGACUCUACAUCUUGGAGAUAAUUCUCUAAACGCAUAUCUAUGUAAUAAAUUAUAAUAUAUUGUAACGCGCCAAUCUAACAUAACUUUAAUUUUUUCGUUUUUAUUAUCGCUGCUUACAGAAAUAUAUACAAACAUUUAUAAUAUUUGUUUAACAUA